UGUGUGUAAUUUAGUGUAUAGUGUUUGAAACAUUUGAAUUUUGAACUUCCCGCGCUGCUUGCUAGCAGCGCCAAGUUUUUCAAGUUGGCUGCCUGCCAAGGCAGGUAGCCCUGCAGCUUCCGGCAACGAAGCAACAGUUGUUGUUGAACCAUCAUGGCGGUAAGUUGUGCUAUCGUGCACGCUUGCUGCCAAUCGAGUUGUUCGCGAGUGAAUCGUUAUUAAUUGUUUCGUUUUGUUUUAUGGAUUUUACAGUCUCGUACGUCUCUAGACAAAACAUUUGGUCCUCCGGGCCGGAUAGUUCCGGUUUUUUCUGGUGUUGUUUUAAACGUGAUUCGUGUGCACGUGGUAAACAAUUACACUUCGUUUUCACGUUAUUUCGUGCGCUAUACUCUCGUUAAUUAGAGUAUUUUCAUGGUCAAGAUUUCUUCGGCAACGUGUUUUAGAAGAAAUUCGCAGAGAUUUGGCGAUCUAAGAAACUGUUAUAUCUUCUUUGUUUUUCGUGGAAUAUAUUUCGUGUUGGGGUUAUGUUGUAUUAUUUAUCGGCGUCUGCUCAUGUUUUUCGUUGCGUUAGGUGUUUUUUGCUGGAUAUAAAUUUUGAUUUGCUGUGUCUUACCUUGGUUAUAUUGGUCUUCGUUGUGUUUAUUUCUUUGUUGUGUCUUUUUGGUUAUUUCGUCCUUUGCGUCUGUGUGUGACCAUGGCAGAUAUAGGCUCGGCACUCGUGCGUAUCCGACUAGCAGAGGCUCGGCUCAAACGUGCUGUCGACCUGUCUCAAAGUGUUGUUGACGAUGUUUCUAAGCAAGGAUUGUUUCGUGCCACAGUUCGUGAUCUACCCCAAGUUCGUGAUAAGUUCGAGGCGGAUUUUGUGGUUCUUGGGGCAACGCAAAAUUCUGACAUCGAUCUCUCAGAACUGACUGCACGAAUGGACGAUUUCGAAGAGAAAUAUUUUGAAGUCAUGGCGACGGUAAGUGCCCUGGAGGGUUGUUCGAUGGAGAGCUCAACAUCGUCAAGGCCCAAGGUGAGCAAUUCUAGGGUAGCUUUACCAAAAAUUACGCUUCCAAGUUUUGAGGGUAGCAUUAAAAAUUGGCCUAACUUCUCCAACCUAUUUUGCACUCUCGUUGCUAACAAUAGUGACCUUUCAUCUGUUGAGAAACUGGCUUAUCUGAAGACUGCUCUCAGUGGUGAACCCCUCAGCAUGAUUCAGGCCUUGCCCAUGUCUGAAGUAAACUUUGAUGUGGCUUGGAAACUACUUGUUGGUAGGUACGAGAACAAGAGGCUCAUUGUGUCUGUGCAUGUGGAGGCUUUACUUCAAGCACCCUCUGCAUCAGCUGACUCUCCCAAGACAUUGCGCCAACUGUUGAACACUGUUACAGAGAAUGUGUCUGCUCUUAAGGCCUUGUCUGUCCCUGUAGACCAGUGGGAUCUGAUGCUGCUGCCCAUUCUAUGCAAACGGUUGGAUGCUGCCUUACAAACACAAUGGGAAAUGACAUUAACAGACGAGUUUCCCACUCUUAGUAGUUUCACUUCGUUUCUUGAAAAACAUUGUCGUGCGCAUGAGGCUGUGAUAGCUUCCCGUUCUAGGAGUUCAGGAAAUCAGGUUCCCAAACAGACGGCUCAAGGGCACCAAAACAGCUGGAGGCAGUCUCGAGGUCAGUCUGUAAACACAUUAGUAAGUUCUCCACAGUCACAAAGUUGUCUCUUGUGUAGUGACAUUCAUGUGCUUAGGUCAUGCCCUAUCUUCUCGCAGGGUAGCCCCAAGGAACGAUAUGCAAUAGUAAAGGAGCAUAAGUUGUGUCUGAAUUGUCUUUCCCCAUCACAUCGAUCAAAUUGGUGUCCAUCUAAGUCCUCAUGUCACCAUUGUAAGGCACGUCACCAUUCCAUGCUGCAUUUUGGGGGUCAGCGAUCAGAGGAAGACUCCAUCCCAUCCAACUCAGACAAGGAACCACCAUCAUCUGACUCUAAUCCUGCCACUGUUGCAGUAACUGCUGCUAAACCUACCUCAACAACAACAAUAUUGUUGUCAACUGCUCAAGUACAGAUUUUUGAUCGUUCUGGUGUGCCUUGUGUUGUACGUGCUUUACUAGACACUGCCAGUCAAGCCAGCUUUAUCACCGAACAGUGCCUACAAAGGCUCCGACUGGUUCGCAGACAGGCUCAUCUUCCGAUACAUGGUUUGUCCAGUACACCUGUGAAUGUGGCUAAGUCCUACACAUCAGUUGUCAUCUCCCCAGUGGGCAAUCCAGAUAAUCAGUUUGCCCUGGAUGUAUUUGUGUUACCACGCAUUACCAAUAACUUGCCGAGUGCCAAACUCUCAUCGGAUGUGCGGCGAUCAGUGGCUCAUCUGAAGCUUGCUGAUCCUUCUUUCGACACCCCUGGUCCUGUUGACCUCCUUAUUGGUGCUGACCUAUUUCCUCUUCUCGUAACUGGAGGCAAGAUUGAAGGGUCUCCAGUGGCUCUCGACUCUGUUUUGGGAUGGAUUCUCAUGGGAAGGGUGGACACCAAACUUCCACCAUCCUGCCUGUCAUCGCAUUGUGUCACACUGUUCACUUCUUACCCUCCAUUAGAUGAUGUUGUACGAAAGUUCUGGGAAAUUGAAGAAUUCCCACGGGUAGAACACAAGUCUCCUGAGGAUGUUUUUUGCGAAACCAUGUUUGCCGAAACUCACGUCCGAAAUGAAGAAGGCCGAUAUAGUGUGUCCCUGCCAUUUCGCCACUCGAGACAUGAGUUGGGCACCUCCAGACCCCAAGCUAUAAAUAGGUUGAUGCGCCUAGAGAGACGCUUGAAAGGUGACUCAAAGCUCAAAAUAAUGUACUCAGAGUUCAUGGAAGACUAUCUUGCCAUGGGUCACAUGGAAAAGAUUCCUGAUGAUCAGAUUGAUGUGACGCCAGCUUAUUAUAUCCCCCACCAUUGUGUCGUGAAGCCAGAGAGUUCAACCACAAAGCUGCGGGUAGUGUUUGAUGGGUCUGCUAAGAGCUCAUCUGGUGUCUCAUUGAAUGACACACUGCUAACUGGCCCCAAGUUGCAAAGAGACAUUUUUGAUCUACUGUUGAACUUUCGGCUACAUGCCUUUGUGUUUACGGCAGAUGUUAAACAAAUGUACCGUCAAAUAUCUGUUCUGCCCCAGCACCAGGACUACCAACGCAUUGUUUGGCGCUUUUGUGAUUCGGAACCUGUGCAGGAUUAUCGAUUGAAGACGGUGACGUAUGGCGUCUCCUCAGCUCCGUUCUUGGCCCUUCGAACUCUUCAACAACUGGCGGUCGAUGAGAAAGACCACUUUCCAGUUGCCUCAAGAGUUUUGCAAUCCGAUGUGUAUGUUGAUGAUGUGGUUACCGGUUCUGACACUCUUGAAUCUGCUCUGGCCAUCCAAAAGGACCUUCGAGCUCUUCUUGCCAAAGGGGGCUUCAAGUUGAGGAAGUUCAUGAGCAACCAUACAGCUCUCAUAGACUGGCUUCCGCCUGAAGAUGUUGAUAUGCCCCAAUCAUUUGAUCUGGAUCCUGAGAGUCAAGUUGUGGUCAAGGUCUUAGGACUUCAAUGGAACCCAGUCUCUGACACCUUCUCCUAUGUAAUCCGAGGCCACUCAAGUCUUGUUACGAAGAGGAGCAUCCUUGCCAAUGUAGCCAGAAUAUUUGAUCCUCUAGGAUGGCUUACUCCACUGUUAAUGUUUGCAAAGCAUCUAUUGCAACUAAUGUGGGUCCGGUCCAUUGACUGGGAUGAUCACCUCCCCCCUGAUCUUGCUUCUCAGUGGGAUCAUUUUAGCCGGGAGCUCCCUCAGUUGUCCUCUAUUGCUGUCGCUCGGUUCAUUAAAGGUCCAGAAGGCUCUACCUAUCAACUGCAUGGUUUCUGUGAUAGUUCUGAGAUUGGUUACGCGGCCGUGGUGUACCUGCGCAUAGUGUGCCCGGAUGAUCGAACCAUCAUUCGUCUGCUGAUCAGUAAGUCCAAGGUUGCACCAGUCAAAAGCCAAACCUUACCUCGUCUGGAGCUUUGUGGAGCACUACUGUUGGCUCGUGUGCUCAAUCAUGUGAUUGAGACUUACCAAGAAGUUUUGCCCGUAUCUUCCAUCACAGCCUGGACAGACUCACAAGUGGUUUUAGCAUGGAUUAACUCAUCUCCUCAUCAGUUGAAGACUUUUGUAGCUAACCGGGUAAGCGAACUCCAAGAGCUUACCCGUCCCAGUUGGUGGAAACACGUACCGUCUGAGUUCAAUCCUGCUGACUGUGCCUCUCGUGGUCUCUUCCCUCUUCAACUAUUGGAUCAUCACUUGUGGUGGACUGGCCCACCGUGGUUAAUAGAGUCACCUGGACAGUGGCCUUCCCAGUCACCAGAUGCAGUGGAAGUGGAUCCUGCCGUGAUGGAGAAGAAGACUGUCACCUUGACCACUGUAACGUCCUCUGAUGAUCUUGGCCAGUUGGCAACGCGAUUCAGUCGACUAACCAGGCUUCUGCGUGUCACAUGCUGUUUAUUGCGGUUUGCCCACAAUUGUCGCGUGUCACUGAAAGAGCGCAAGACUGACAAUAUGUCUCCUGAUGAGUUGAAUAAGGCUUUACAUUUUUGGCUCUUCUGGGUACAAUCACAUCAUUUCAAAGAGGAUAUAAGUGCUCUGAAGAAGGGACAGUGCAUUUCCCCUCAGAUUCGCAAACUAGUACCCUUUCUUGAUGACAGUGGCCUGAUAAGGGUAGGUGGUCGUUUAGCUCACUCCAGUGUUCCGUUUGAGCAGAAGCACCCAGUGCUGCUUCCAAAAUCUCACCAUCUGACUGAUCUCAUUAUUAACCAUUAUCAUGAAAAGAAUCAUCAUCCUGGAGUUCAGACUCUUAGAGGAAUUCUUAGAGAACAAUUCUGGAUUCUUGCAGAUAAGGAUGCCAUCUCUCGCUGCUUGCGUCACUGUGUUCCAUGUUUCAAGCAAAGACCCGUAGCAAGUGCACCUCUCAUGGGCGAUCUUCCCUCUAUGAGAGUGCAACAGGUUAAACCAUUUGCCAAAGUAGGAGUUGACUAUGCUGGUCCUUUUAUGGUUAAGCUUGGUCGGGUCCGUGGGGCAAAGGUCUUGAAGGCUUACCUUUGUAUUUUUGUCUGCUGCGCGACAAAGGCCGUUCAUGCAGAACUAGCUUCAGACCUGUCCACAGAUACAUUUAUUGGAGCCUACAAACGUUUUCUUGCCAGGCGUGGGAGAACAUCUGAUAUCUACAGUGAUUGCGGGACCAACUUUGUCGGAACUCACAAUCGUCUUAAGGAACUUCAGCAACUUAUGUCGUCGGCACCACACCAGCAGGCUGUCACUGAUGCGUUGUCCCAGCUCGGUGUCAUGUGGCACUUUAACCCUCCUGCUGCUCCCCAUUUUGGUGGUUUGUGGGAGGCCGGGGUAAAGUCAUUCAAGACUCACUUAAGUAAAGUUAUUGGUGAACAAGUGCUCACAUUUGAAGAACUUUACACCCUUCUAGUACAGGUGGAAGCUACGUUAAACUCGAGACCCCUGUGCCCUUUGAGCUCUGAUCCCAAUGACAUCAGUGCUCUAACCCCUGGCCAUUUCUUAACCCUGGAGCCACUGGUCACAUUACCAGAGCCUAACUUGAGGGAUGUACGGCUGAACCGCCUUCAACGUUGGCAACUUGUGGAACGCCUCCAACAGGACUUUUGGCAUCGUUGGCACAGGGAUUAUUUACACACGCUCCAGCAGCGGCAGAAAUGGAACGAGCAGGGAGUUAGUCCCACUGCCAACCAACUUGUGCUCCUGAAAGACGACAGACUCCCACCUCUACAGUGGCGCUUGGGGCGCAUCGUGGAGCUCUAUCCUGGGAAAGAUGGUGUUGCCAGAGUGGCUACUAUCCGGACUUCUAGUGGAACUUUGAAGCGUCCUGUGGUGAAGCUCUGCCCGCUACCAUAUGAUUGUUGAAAUGGGACAUUUCAAGGCGGGCGGUAAUGUUUGGACUUGUAAAUAUUGUGUGUAAUUUAGUGUAUAGUGUUUGAAACAUUUGAAUUUUGAACUUCCCGCGCUGCUUGCUAGCAGCGCCAAGUUUUUCAAGUUGGCUGCCUGCCAAGGCAGGUAGCCCUGCAGCUUCCGGCAACGAAGCAACAGUUGUUGUUGAACCAUCAUGGCGGUAAGUUGUGCUAUCGUGCACGCUUGCUGCCAAUCGAGUUGUUCGCGAGUGAAUCGUUAUUAAUUGUUUCGUUUUGUUUUAUGGAUUUUACAGUCUCGUACGUCUCUAGAC